GCAGCGCUGCCGCCGCUCGGGGCGGGGCGGGCCGAGCGCGUCCCGCCCUCAGCGGCUGCGCGGCCCCGGGCGCCCCUCAGCAUGGCCGGGGCGGCGCCGGGCCCGCCGGUGAAGGUGCUGGCGGAGCAGCUGCGGCGGGCGGAGCGGGGCGCGGGCGGCACCUGGGAGCUGCGGCGGGCGGCGGCGGGCCGGGCGCCGCUGUCCCUGCGGGCCGUGUGGAUGCAGGGCACCGUGCUGGAGGUGCAGCGCGGCGCCGAAGGCGGCUCGGCCCGGCUGCAGGACGGCAGCGGCGCCUUCACCGUGCUGGGCGUGGAGCAGGUGCCGCAGGGCCGGCCGUGCCUCAGCGCAGGAAAGUAUGUAAUGGUGAUGGGUGUGGUGCGGUCCUGCAGUCCUGAGCCCAUUCUUCGAGCAAUAAAGAUGACAGAUCUCUCUGAAAACCCCGUCCAUAAGAAUAUGUGGAACCUUGAAGUGGAGGAUUUGCACAGAGUCAUCCCCUAAUACUUUCACUUUCUGCCCAAAAGAACUGGAACUUUGGUUUCUUUUGCUUUUUGGUGCAGAACAUUGGACUAUUCUGUGUAACCACUCCUGGAGUAAACUAAUGUGAGAAGCUGAGCUCAUUCAAGCAUAGGGACCGGUGCUUAUCUGAUAAUAAUCACACUGUUCAUGUCUUCCAGUCUCUUUUUAUUACAACAUAUUUGAGAAAUGGCUAUUUGAUGUUUUGAGUAAGAUGUCCACACCAUUGAAAAGGCUGUAUUGUUGUUUGUGUGUGUGUUAGCUGCUGUCUGGGAGCACAUACUGAGGCAGUUGUUCUCCAGCAGGGUGUUCAUGGCAGCAGGGGCUGCACAGGGCUCCUGUUACCAGGGUGAACUCAGUACCUGGCAUGAAGGCAAAAUGUGUUUCAGCCCUUUUAGGCUGUGGUUGGAAACAAUCGUUUUCACCUGCGUUUUCUAGUUCAGUAACCACCAUGUCUGUGAACUACUUGUACAGCAGGUGUCUCGUGGUAACCAUUAGCAAUGUCUUGUACUUAAAAUACCUCUCCAGUUUCUGAAAUACGGGAAGUGGUUAUGACCCCUCUGUUCCUCUGAAGUGAAGUUAAUAAAAGAUGUCAUGCAGGAUUCCUUGGAAUAGGUUCUCCAGGUGCAAGAUGUAAAUACUCUUUACCUCUGGAAACAAGCAUUCUGUUCCUAAGUGCAGUUAUCUUUCUAAAGGUUUUUUUUCUUCCAGUGUAUGCUAUUUUUAACUGUUUAAAUCAUUCUAAAUUACAUUCUAUUCUUAUUUUUCCUUCUCCUCUGAAAAAAACAAACUAUGAUAUCACAUCAAGAGAUCUAUAAAAAGUAGAAAUGUUAAUACUUUUUAUUUUCCAUCUUAUCUAAAGAGAAUUUGGGUCCUGAGAAAUGCAUUGCGUUAUCUGUGUGGAAUGGCUUCGUGAUUGGGGACUGUAUUGUCCAGUAAUAAAGUUAUGUUAAUUAGGAAUGCAUAUUGGAAGGGAAGAGAA